GCCCACUCGGCGACUAUGCACAUACUCCAGGCCUCCACGGCAGAGAGGUCCAUUCCCGCUGCUCAGAUGAAGCUGAAAAGAGCCCGACUUGCAGACGAUCUCAAUGAAAAAAUUGCUCUCCGGCCGGGGCCGCUGGAGCUGGUAGAGAAGAACAUACUUCCUGUGGAUUCUGCUGUGAAAGAGGCCAUCAAAGGGAACCAGGUGAGCUUCUCCAAACCAGCAGAUGCCUUUGCCUUCGACGAGGACAGCAGCAGCGACGGGCUUUCUCCAGAUCACACGCGAAGCGAAGACCCCCAGGGCCCAGCGAGGUCCCCCCCAGACACCAAAGCUACGGAGACCCCUUUGGCAGGUCCUCCGGGGACAAUCCAGGAUCUAACUUCUGGCUCAGAAAAUGACAGGAAUGACUCGGUCUCACAGCCCAGCAACCAGUCAGACACAGGGAAGCAGGGGCUCGGCCCGCUCGGCACCGCCAACCCCGGGCACGCUGCUGUGAAGUCCAAGUCCUUGAGCGACAGUAAGAACCGCCACAAGAAGCCCAAGGACCCCAAGCCAAAGGUGAAGAAGCUCAAGUACCACCAGUACAUCCCCCCGGACCAGAAGGCGGAGAAGUCGCCGCCGCCCAUGGACUCGGCCUACGCGCGGCUGCUGCAGCAGCAGCAGCUGUUCCUGCAGCUGCAGAUCCUCAGCCAGCAGCAGCAGCAGCGCUUCGGCUACGCCAGCAUCCACCCCGCUCAGCUCAAGGAACCAAACGAGCAGAUGGUCAGAAAUCCAAACUCUUCUUCAACACCACUGAGCAGUACCCCUUUGUCUCCUGUCAAAAACAGUUUUUCUGGACAAACUGGUGUCUCUUCUCUCAAGCCAGGCCCACUCCCAUCAAACCUGGAUGAUCUGAAGGUUUCCGAGUUAAGACAGCAGCUUCGACUCCGAGGCCUGCCCGUGUCAGGCACCAAGACGGCGCUCAUGGACCGGCUGCGGCCCUUCCAGGACUGCUCGGGGAGCCCCGUGCCCAGCUUCGGGGACAUCACCACCGUCACCUUUCCCGUCACGCCCACCGGUGCUCUGCCCCAUUACCAGUCCUCCCCGUCCGCCGGCGCCUUGUCCAACGGCUUCUACCACUUCGGCAGCACCAGCUCCAGCCCCCCCAUCUCGCCCGCCUCGUCCGACCUGUCGCUGGCCGGGUCCCUGCCCGACACCUUCCACGACGCGUCGCCCUCCUUCGGCCUGCACCCGUCCCCGGGGCGCCUGUGCCCCGACGAGAGCCUGGUCAGCAGCCUGCACGGCGGCGGCGUCCCUCCCGAGCUGGACGGGCUGGACUCCGAGAAGGACAAGAUGCUGGUGGAGAAGCAGAAGGUGAUCAACGAGCUCACCUGGAAGCUGCAGCAGGAGCAGCGGCACGUGGAGGAGCUGCGCCUGCAGCUGCAGAAGCAGAAGAGGAGCAAGGGCGCCGAGCAGGAGCCCCCGCCCUUCCUGGGGGCGCCCAUCAAGCAGGAGGACGCGGCCUCCAGCUGCCCCUUCGCGUCCCGGCAGGUCUCCGCGCACAGACCCGGCGGCCCGGACAGCCAGGCGCAGGCGGGCGGCGCCGCUCCGCUCCUGCUGCCCCCGGGCAGCGGCCACUGCCUGGAGGCCUCGGGGCAAGCCCACGCACUGUCCUCCACGUUCCUCAGCCCGCAGUGCUCGCCGCAGCACUCGCCUCUGGGGGCCGUGAAGAGCCCGCAGCACAUCAGCUUGCCCCCGUCGCCGAACAACCAUUACUUCCUACCUUCAUCGGCAGGUGCUCAGGGAGAAGGGCACGGGGUCUCCUCACCUGCCAGCACCCAGGUGUGUACUGCACAGAACUCAGGGGUACAUGAGGGCCAUCCUGCAAGCUUCUCCCCGCAGCCUGCCGGCCUCCACCCCCCUUUCUCUGGAGCCCAGGCAGACAGCAGUCAUGGUGCUAUGGGCAAUCCUUGUCCCCAAAGCCCAGGUGUACAGCAAAAGAUGGCUGGUUUGCACUCUUCUGAUAAAGCAGGACCAAAGUUUUCAAUUCCAUCCCCAACAUUUCCUAAGUCAACUUCAACAGUUGCAGAGAUAACACAGCCUCCAUCCUAUGAAGAUGCAGUAAAGCAGCAAAUGACUCGCAGUCAGCAGAUGGAUGAACUCCUGGAUGUCCUCAUUGAAAGUGGAGAAAUGCCAGCUGAUGCCAGAGAGGAUCAUUCGUGUCUUCAAAAAGUCCCAAAGAUGCCUAGGUCUUCCCGAAGCCCUACUGCUGCCCUCCCCAAGCCUUCUGCUCCCUUUGAACAAGCGUCUUCAGGAGGCCAGCUCUCAUUUGAUCACUAUGGCACAGACAGUGAUGAGCACCUUGAAGUCUUAUUAAAUUCCCAGAGCCCCUUGGGAAAGGUGAGCGAUGUUGCCCUUCUAAAAAUUGGGAGUGAAGAGCCUUCUUUCGAUGGCAUAAUGGAUGGAUUCUCUGGGAAGGCUGCAGAAGACCUCUUCAAUUCGCAUGAGAUCUUGCCAGGUCCCCUCUCCCCAAUACACACUCAGUUUUCACCUUCUUCUGUGGACAGCAGUGGGCUGCAGUUAAGCUUUACUGAAUCUCCCUGGGAAACCAUGGAGUGGCUGGACCUCACUCCACCAAGUUCCACACCAAGCUUCAGCUCACUCACCACCAGCGGCCCUAGCAUCUUCAACAUUGAUUUUCUGGAUGUCACAGAUCUUAAUUUGAAUUCUCCCAUGGACCUUCACUUACAGCAGUGGUAG